GCGCCGGGAGACGCCUCCUCCUCCCCCUCCUCCUCCUCCUCCUCCCUCCCCUCAGAGGAUAAGCGGCCGCCGGUGCUGAAUGAGAGCGGCUGAAGCGAGCGGGCUGAGGCGGGCGAGGAAGGGAGGGAGGCGGCGGCUAAGCUCGGGCCGGGCAGCUGGGCUUCCUCGCCGCGUCCCGCGUUCGCUCUGCCCGCUCCUCUCGCGUCUCGUCAGCAGGAGUGAUGACUCUGAAGAUGAAUCAGUAAAGCCAUCGCUGCAAAUGUAGGGCAGUAAAUCAAUGGUGUGGACAGUAUGGACCUAAUGAAUGGGCAGCCCAGCAAUGUUAAUAUUGCAGCUACUGCUUCAGAGAAGAGUAGCAGCUCGGAGUCAUUAAGUGACAAAGGUUCUGCUGAACUGAAGAAAAGUUUUGAUGCAGUGGUAUUUGAUGUUCUGAAGGUUACACCUGAGGAAUAUGCGGGCCAGAUAACACUAAUGGAUAUUCCUGUAUUUAAAGCUAUUCAGCCUGAGGAACUGUCAAGCUGCGGUUGGAAUAAAAAAGAAAAAUACAGUUCUGCACCAAAUGCAGUUGCCUUUACAAGAAGAUUCAACCAUGUAAGUUUUUGGGUAGUUAGAGAGAUUCUUCAUGCACAGACAUUAAAAAUACGAGCUGAAGUUCUGAGCCACUAUAUUAAAACAGCUAAGAAACUCUAUGAGUUGAAUAAUCUGCAUGCUCUUAUGGCUGUGGUGUCUGGAUUACAAAGUGCCCCCAUCUUCAGGUUGACCAAAACUUGGGCGCUACUGAGCCGAAAGGACAAAACUACUUUUGAGAAGCUGGAAUAUGUAAUGAGUAAAGAAGAAAAUUAUAAGAGACUUAGAAACUAUAUAAACAGCUUGAAGAUGACUCCGUGCAUUCCUUAUUUAGGUAUUUAUCUCUCAGAUUUGACAUACAUUGACUCGGCAUACCCAUCGACAGGGAGUAUUUUGGAAAAUGAGCAGAGAUCAAACUUAAUGAAUAACAUACUCAGAAUAAUUUCAGACUUACAGCAGUCAUGUGAAUAUGAUAUUCCUGUGUUGCCUCAUGUUCAAAAAUACUUGAAUUCUGUUCAGUAUAUAGAAGAACUUCAGAAGUUUGUGGAAGAUGACAAUUAUAAGCUUUCAUUAAAGAUAGAACCCGGAACAAGUACCCCACGUUCUGCUGCAUCUCGUGAAGAUUUAGUAGGUCCUGAAGUGGGAGUUUCGCCGCAAAGUGUUCGAAAAAAUGCUACAGCUGAAGGAGCAUUGCUACCACCGACUCCUCCAUCCCCAAGGAAUCUGAUGCCACACGGGCAUAGAAAAUGUCACAGUUUAGGAUACAAUUUUAUUCAUAAAACGAACACAGCAGAGUUCAAAAGCGCAACAUUCCCCAACGCAGGACCAAGGCAUCUGUUAGAUGACAGUGUCAUGGAGCCACAUGCCCCAUCCAGGGGACAGGCAGAGAGCUCCACUCUUUCUAGUGGAAUUUCAAUAGGUAGCAGUGAUGGUUCUGAGCUGAGUGAAGAGACUUCAUGGCCAGCAUUUGAAAGGAACAGAUUAUACCAUUCUCUUGGUCCGGUGACAAGAAUGGCACGAAAUGGCUAUCGAGGCCACAUGAAGGGCAGCAGUUCUGCAGAGUCUGAGGAUUUAGCUGUUCAUUUGUAUCCAGGAGCUGUUACUAUUCAAGGCGUUCUCAGAAGGAAGACUGUAUUGAAAGAAGGCAAAAAGCCGACAGUAGCAUCUUGGACAAAAUACUGGGCAGCGCUGUCUGGAACUCAGCUUUUCUACUAUGCCGCAAAGUCCUUGAAGGCGACAGAAAGAAAACAUUUCAAAUCUACCCCAAGUAAGACUGUAUCUGUUGUGGGAUGGAUGGCCAUGAUGGCUGAUGACCCAGAACAUCCAGAUCUCUUCCUGCUCACAGAUUCUGAGAAAGGGAACUCAUACAAGUUUCAAGCUGGUAACAGAAUGAAUGCAAUGCUGUGGUUUAAGCAUCUGAGUGCUGCCUGCCAAAGCAACAGACAACAGGUUCCUGCCAACUUGAUGACUUUUGAGUGACAAACUUCUUCAAAACAUGAACGAAGAUGACACUUUUGAAUGCUGUCUGCCUAUCUCCUAGUUUGAGGAUGGAGGUUCUGGCGGAAACAUGCCCCAGUUACACUUCUGUGCCAGAACAAAGAUGGUAAACAGAGUUUCAAAUCUCUGAAGUACUGAACAAAAAAACAUACUAAGAAUUCAGGGGAUGGAAGUGCAAGAGGAACUGCCAUGGACCAUGUUGCUGCUUAAUAUUUUCUGAACCGACCUGUGGAAACCACUGCCUUAAAGAAUGACAGGAAACCCAACAUGAAACACCAAAUACUCUGUGUGUGUGUGUGUGUGUGUGUGUGUGUGUGUAAGAAAGAAAGAAAGAAACCUCUGGCGUGCUUAGGUUAAAUCAGAUGUAGCUCAUUCGCAUUUGUGUUAACUUUGUUAUCUUUGAAUUUAAAAGCCCACCUUUGUUUCUUUGUAAAAGGAAACCUCGUACUGCUUAAGGGUUGUGUUAAUGGGCAGGUUUGCAAGGACAUAGCUUGUGUGUUCUUGAAGAAUGUGCAGUUACUAUACUUCUAUCCCUCCAUAUCAGUUCUUUGGGGGCUCAGAUAAUUGGCAUCACUGUUUUAUUUGUUUAUGCUUAGAAUGUGAUAAAUGUAAUAUAUGCAAGUUUAUUCUCUUUUCUCAAAGCACUGUCUUUGUGGAACCUAGUACUGUAUAUGGGGAUUUUCUUUCCGACAAGUGGCACAACAGCUGAACAUUAAAACACCACACCCUCCUUUUUCAGAGUUCUUGGUUGUAAAUUUCCUGAUAGAAAUAGUCUGCAGGAUUUGGUAAAGCACGCUCUGGGAAAUAGCAUCAGGUCAGAACUGAGCCUUUAUUCCUCAGUGUAUUUUCAAAUGGGUGACACUCUUUUAUUUCCCCAACAAUGCAUUGUAAAGCUUUUCAACAGGCCUGUUUACCGCUUAAAGCCCCAUCUUUUGUUGCAUUGAUAACAUUUUACAAGUGACAGUCUUACUCCACAUCUCUUCUUGCAGAUUGAGACGCACAAUGCCUGUAUUUGUAGUUUGGAAUUCUGAGUUACACUGAACUCUUCUCUAUCAGAUAAAGAAAUCAGAUCUCCGUAGCAAAAGCUCACAAAAUGCAACUCUCAGCAUAACCAAGAAAAGUAAGAGCUUGACAUGAGAGAAAGCAUUGACAGAAUGAAAAUUUAAAGAGUGGAUUAUUUCCUACAUGAAAAUUAAAUGUGUAACUACACUUUUUGACCACAUUUGUGGGAAAUUAUUGCAUUUCAAAGAUGCGUCUCUCUUUUCUCUUCUUUUUUUGCAUGUGGUUCUUUUCUGAAGUGCUUUAAGGCUUCUUCAGAACCUUCCGAUGAUGGUAAUCAAAUGAAAACAGGGCAAGUAGGAAUAUACCACAGCACUACAGUCCUAGUCAAUAAGAGAAAAGAUUGUAUUCAUUCUGCAGAUUAUCAUGCGUUAGCUCUAUGCUUAAGUUUAUUCACAGAUGAGUAACAAUCUUUUUAUUUUUAUCUGCUUCAGAGUAGAAUUUUGCUGACUCAUACUUCCAGAGCCCAAAUUUUCCAAAGAGCUUCCCCCCUAAUUAGUUAGAAUAGGGCAGAGACUGGCAGCCGUCUGCAAAGGAAAAGAAUAAGAACGACAUGAAAGUUGCUCUGAAGCUGCAAAUAUAAGUCCAUCUUUCUAAGUGAUUGACGUUUGAAUUCUGCUCCUUUUUUCUUCCCAUAAUAAUAUUAACAGGUUUUGAAUAUUUGCCCCAUGAGGAAUGAAUGCUCAGUUCUGACCUUGUAGUGGUGUUAUGUCACUUGCUUGUUCUGUGUCACUUAGUUUACAUGUCUCCCACAAUAACCCAUGUUGGGUGUUUCGUUAAAAAGAGAGAGAGAGAGACAUCUUCAUAGCCAGCAGUAUUACUGUACAGAAUUUGCACAACUUUCCUUUUUAAAAUUACUACAUGUUUCUUUUCAGAAUAAGCUUUUUUUUUAAAAAAAAAAGAAAGAAAUGAAAAACAACUUCAACACAACACUAUAAAUGUAUGUACUUAGUAUUAUGGAAGGUAAUCCUGUGGAAUUUUUAUUUUUUUAAGAGAAAGAGUGAAAACAAUUGUGUAGAUACAUUGCAGGCUAACCGUAUUUGUUCUUCAUGUUUUUAUGAGUAGAGAGAUGCAACUGGGAACCCCUUUAUAUGAUGCAGGUUUGCAAAAGACAGAGGGCCAAUUCACAUUACCUUUCCCCCCGUGGUACUUCAUUAGGUUUGUGGCACACUAAAUGGGUCUUUGUGAGAUUUUUCAAUAUUCUGUCCAAAUUAUAGCACAGUACAUCCCUCUUCAAUUAGUUUUGAAGUCUUUUAAGGAUAUGGCUAGCUACAAUCUAGACAACCUUUUGUAGUGUUCAUGAGACCAGUUCAUCACAUCAAAAUCUAUGUUAAAUGGAGAUUAUUGUUUUUGUGACUGCAGCACACACACAAUGAUCCCACAAAUUGACUCAAAACUAAACCGGUUUGACAGCCUUUUCUUAUAUCCAUACAGCAAGUUUCAAAAGAUAGGAAAGACAGUAUUAAAAGCUGGCAAACAGUCCUGACUACCUUUUGCCAAUGCUUUUAUCCAGCUUCAAAUAUAAUAUAUUUAUCAGAAAGCUUUAAUUGAAAAUGAAACUGCUUUCUCUGGUUUAUGAGAAUUAGCAGAGAGAGUUGUGACAAUUUCAUAGGUUUCAACUAACAUGAUUGAUACAUUACAUGAACUUAGAUUGUCUUAAUAUUACGCACAACUACUGAGCCAUUCCAGUUUUAUGAGGUGGUCAAAUUGUCAAAAAUAAGCUUUUUACAUCUUUUUACAUAUAGCCACAUGUUACUACACCCCUCCCCCCCAUUUACCAAAAAAUUGAGGUAAAAAAAGGAGGCUUGAUUUAUAAUAUUUCUUUUAUAGUUUCUUUUGUAAAUGAAUAGUCUUUUAAGUAUACUAUCAGUAGAAAGAACUAUUUAAUUACUACAGUAUGAUUCAAAAGGCAUUGUGUUAAAUCCUGUGAUAUAAAUUCACACCACAGUGCUAUGAAUUCCAUUAAAUUUAUUUACUUUGAAACAAAUGGCUUUUAAAACAAGACUCCCAUCCAAAAAAUAUUGAACCAAUCUGUGUCUGAAUGAGGCAAUUUAAUUGCUUGUUAUCACAAGUAACUUUUAAAAAUGUUGUGCUACCUGUGUGAAUUCUUUGUCAAACUUAUUUGACAGUGAUAAAUUGAAAACACUUCAGGUUUUUCCUAUGACCUCAGAUACUGGUUGCUAAAUAUAUAUAUAUUUUUCUAUGUUUUUUUAUUCCACCUAAAACCAGUCAAGUAGUCUUAGUAUCUUGAAUAAGUGAUGUUUUGAUUUUAACAAAACGAUCCACACUAUAGUUCACACUCUCUGAGUUAUGUGCCGAUUUCUGUGAGCACUUUGUAAAAAUGAAAUUGAUUGUGCUACAAUAAUUUAGUUUACAGUUUGGUAAGCUGUUUACUAAGAUGUUUUGAAAUUUCCUACAAGGAAUGUUUUAAUUCAAAAGAGUAAAAUUCUCCUGUUAAAAUCUAAAAAAACCACCCGUAUUAAGGUUGAAAAUCAUACAACAAAUACAGAAUACCUUCCUCCUACUGUGCCUGUUUUUCACAGUGCUGUUAUCAACACCUUGAUUAGAGAAUCUCUAUAGCACUCCUUAACCGAAUUUAUCAAGCUUAAGUUCAAAUAUAUCAGAUUUCUUCACUUUCCAUGCAAUAAACUUUAGGGAUCAGUUGUUUCACAUGGUGUUUCACUUAGUUUUUCACUCAUUCUACCAUCCCGGAUAAUUUUGUUCUUGUCCUGCUCAUUUGCAAUUGGGCAGCAGUAUGUAAGUUGCUUAAUGUCAUCAGACUCCUUUCCUGGCAUAUUUCAGCAAAAUAAAAUCUUUGCAAUGAAACCACAGAUGAGGACAACUUCACACGUGACUUUUUCCUUCAUGGAAAUUACGUCAAUGUACAUGGGAAAAUGUGUGGCUUCAGGGGAAAUUGUUGCAAGCACUGUGCCUGUAUCUUGAUUCACACAUUUUUCCCUACAUGAAGAUUGUAAGAAAAAUGACCCUGAAAUUGCUUGCAUAAAUAGUUUGCGGGUUACACCUGAACUGUAAAUGCCUGUUUGCAAAUGUUGCUGUUAGAGACACACCACCACCAGUUAUAAAGACUGGUGUAAAGAAUAUUGUGAAGCAAAACUCGUAGUUUACUUGCUAAUUUUGAAACACAUUCCUAUAACCCUGUGUAUUAGCCAGGGGCACACAAAUCUGUUUCAAAUGAAGCUCAGUCAUGAGGUGAUCUUUCCAGUUGCAUCUUUUUUUCUCAUUGUUUUGUACAUAUUUCUCUUUCAUUCCUAAGUGUUAUUAAUCCUGAUCUACUUUUCUCACUUGGUAUGCUGGCCGCUAUGAAAAACACUAAAACUGGUACGAAAUAGCCAGUUUUCAUUUCCCUGAAAAAUUACCCUUUUUAAUAGUUUGCUGUUUGCAAGUUGCUCCCUUCCUUCCAUUAAAAAUGGCUUGUGUCUAAGGUUAAAAGCUGCGAUUAAAACGAUAAGCAGAUAGAAAAUGUCCCUUCAAAGCAGAAUGCCAUUCCCUGCCCAUCAUUGGGCACAACAUAUCUGCAUAAGAUGUUUGCCAGUGCCUUAAUUACCUGUUUGAAGACCAACUGGGCUAGCCAACCAUCACUAUUCCUAUGCAUUACCCCAUUCAUGCAAAUUGUGUUUUGCUUUGAUUUUUGAAGGAGCCCCAUGGAAGCCUCCUUGAAGCUUGAAUAGUCAGUAUAAUAACUCAGUUAUUCUUGCCUUCCUUUUGCUCUGAAGUUCAGUAUUAGUAUAGUAGUGGUGGUUUGGAUUCAUUCCAUUCUCAAUUUUUUUGAACAAUAGUAUAGAGCUGAUUUGGAUGACAGUUCAGACCUUUGCUAGGUGGUAAGGUCCUAUGGUAAGCUGGGCACUUCAGGGCAGCCUGGCCCAACUCUCAUCGGCACCAUUGGGGGUGAGUGAGCCCUUGAGUCAUUUAAAAGAGCAGCUCGGAAUAUCACACAAUAUCAACUUUUAAGCUAGUUCAACCUAAUUACGAACUGAGCACUCCAUGAUGCUGUGUGUUUGAAAUGUCUCUGUCAUACUAGCAACCUAAGGUUUUAAGGUAGACCAGGUCACAUCCGAACUCCCGCUACCUAAAUAUAAAUAAUCUCUAGAGCAUUUCAAUAUUUUCAUUGGGUUUUUCCAGUCACCUAAUGGCACUCAUAAAGAAAUCGGAACAUGCCCCCCCCCCAAUUUGGUUUAUUGUGUUAUUUGAACUCACUCGUACAGAAAGCAUGUUCCCUUUUUAAAAAGUAUAUCAAUGUAUAGAGGUCAUCAGGAAAAAAUCCUAUGCAAAACUUGGUAAGUAACGUAACACAUUUGUCUUUAAACUUUGAUGUACUGGGGUUUUGAGAAACAAAAUUAAACUUGAGUAAAACUAACUAAAUAAAUAAAACGGAAGGCUAUGUUCAUGAAACAAUUGUUAUUUCUUCAGAUAUUGAGGAAACUGUUAUAUUCCCCCCACAGCCCCACACCCAUGUGAAUCAUAACCGAAUAUAUUUUUAAGUCUAAACCUCAGAUAUGAUAGUGCAAGUGGUUGACAGCUGCAGGUUGUGAAAAGUAAAUGUUCACAUCUAGAAAUGGAUAUUGCAAUGUCAUAAGAGACUCAUUGUGAAAGGUUGUGUAUAGAUGAAGGAAGCUACUGUCCAUAUUGGGAUAGUUCUUGAAUCUUGGCCUUGCUGAACAACCAAGAAGCCAAAAAUAUUUCUUUUGUGCAAUGUAGAAAUAAGGAGAAAGAUGUUUUCCUUCUGGAUUGUUCAGCAAUGUCCAAAUUCAAUAACUACUACUAUUCCUGGAAUCCUGAAUUACAAAUUAAUUUAUUGCUUAUGCUACUCAUAACCUACUACAAGUUAAUUUAUGGGAGGGGGAGAAAGAAAGAGAUGCAAAGUCCACAUUAUGCAAAACACAAGCCAUUUUUAAUGAAUAUUCUUCCCUGUUGACCUGAAGCACCAUUUUGAUUGAGGUUGAAUGCACUAUGAUCUCAAUGAGUGAUGUGCAGUUUUGCUGUUCCUUGUCCUUUUCCCUCCCGAUUUUUAAUACGUGUGUGUGUGCGUGCGUGCGUGCGUGCGUGCGUGCAUUUUGAACUGCGUGUUUGCAUUAGCUAUUUCAACAUGGCUACAAGUAUGGACUUAAAAAUAGAAUUUUCCUACUGAAAUAAAUAACUUAAAAUUUCAA